AGGAAAUGUUGAGCGUUUAAAUGGUCUUUGUUUUGAGAGGAUCCCCUGCCCCCUUCGUCUCAUUAUUUGAAAACUAAAGAACAAAAUGUAUGACAGGUACGUUAGUUUGAGAAUAUACCUUUACGUUUCGUUCAUAUAGCGUUAAAGGUCGCCUGCGAUUUACAGACAUCUGUCGAGCUGUGUGACGUUUGACAGCUAACUGUUAGCUAAAAAACCUGCGUCCAUCUGUCUUCUUUGUGCCAGCUAUGCAUUGUAUGUACUGUAAUCUCCACACAGCUCACAUUCCCAGUUUCUACUAACAUUUGGAAGCAGAAUGAAUCUCAUUGUAUUCAAAUAAGUCAACAGUUAAGAUGGAGGAAAACCAGUAUACAUCAUUGACGGUUCCUACGGAUUAUUUCCAGCAGUGGUACCAGUCAAGCCAGCAGCACCCUGAGGCGCAGCAUGUGAUGUCGUAUCACAACAUGGGCCACUACACAGAAGGUCCCAGAGAUGAGCCCGUCAUGACCGAGCUGUCCGUCCACCGGGAGCCAAGUCUUUACCAGGAGCCUUUCUACCAGAACCACCCCCCAGCCCCGGGUCACUACCAGGAGCCAGUUUACCAGCAGAGCGUCAGGGAGCAGCAGCACCCUCAGCAUCAACAUGCAAUACAGCAGCAAGAACCAAGUUUUCAGCACCAACCUCAGCCUGCUGGUCCAACUCAAGUUGUGACGCCGGGGAAGAAGAAGAGAGGCCGGCCUCCCAAACAACAGGCAGAGAACGGCGAGUCGCAGGAGGAAGAGGAUGAGAUCGAGGCUGCCAAAAAGGCCAAGAGGAUUCUCAACCGCUUCAACGGCAUGUCAGUGGCUGAGGUUAUGGCCAAAACCCUGCCAGACGUUAUUACCUACAACCUUGACAUUUUGAUAAUUGGAAUUAACCCAGGACUAUUGUCAGCCUUCAAAGGACACCAUUACCCAAACCCAGGAAACCAUUUCUGGAAAUGUCUGUUUCUCUCUGGUCUGACCGACGAGCAGCUCAACUACAGCCACGACCAGAGCCUGCCGGAGAAAUACAGCAUCGGCUUCACCAACAUGGUAGAGAGGACCACACCCGGCAGCAAGGACCUCUCCAAUAAGGAGAUUCGUGAAGGAGGUCGACAAUUACUUGACAAGCUGCAGAAAUAUAAGCCAUUAAUAGCAGCUUUUAAUGGAAAAGGUAUUUAUGAGAUCUUCUGCAAAGAAACCUUUGGUGUGAAGGCAAAGAACCUCGAGUUCGGUCUUCAGCCCUACAAAAUCCCAGAAACUGAAACGGUUUGCUACUUGAUGCCAUCGUCAAGCCCCCGCUGUGCCCAGUUUCCCCGUGCACAAGAUAAGGUACAUUUCUACAUCAAGCUGAAGGAACUGCGAGACCAGAUGAAAGGUUUUACACCCAGCCGUGAUGUCACAGAGACCCAGUACUCAUUCGAUCUGCAGUUGGCCAAAGAGGACGCUAAGAGGAUGGCAAUCAAAGAGGAGCAGGUGGAUCCAGAGUAUGAAAGCUGUAGUGGGCUGCAUGAGAAUAUGAGGCAAAGCAGCAACUCCUCCAACUAAAAAAAAGACGGCGGAGAGGAGAUAAAACAGGCCUCGUCUGCUGUAGCACACAGAAACGGACAUCGGAGGCCAGUCAGAGGACCACAUGGCACGAAACCACUGCAGCUGAAGAUGUUUGUACGACAGAUACCAGAUAUCAGCUGUAAUAGUAGCAUCAGUUAGGGUAACAAAAACGCUCUGAUGACCUCACAGGAGAAGAGGAGUCAUACAGUUUCCAGGGGCACUGUAAUAUGACGCACAAGGGAGAAAGUGCCCACAACAAUUAUGUUUUUUUUUUACAGACGGUGCAUGUUUUUGGUGUUAUUUUCUAUCACUAUUUAUUGCAUUUUGUAUUGUAUGUCUGUCCAGUGACUUAUUUUUGUAUUUUGAAAGAAUGACAUUUUAUGAUUUAUCAGCUGUAUAAAUAAGUAAUUGUACUCUGGGAUUUCUAAUCUGUAAUUACAGAAUCAUUAAAUCUCUUCUAAAGCUG